UACAAAUCUACAGUUAUUCUGUGAAUGCAUAACUAAAAACUAUGCAGGCACUGAUUCAAAAAUAAGUAAUGUGGACUUUACGGUAUUAAAAUCAUGUGUCUUCGAUUUUAACGUCAAAAUAGAAUGUGAGAAUACACUUAAAAUAUUCUAUGUUAUACAAAUAAAGUGGCAUGCCGGUGAUACUGAAAAAUGUAAAACUUCAGGAGAGGUCCAAUACAAAUCUCAAAAAAAGAUGUUCAACAGCUACACCAAGCUAGAUUCGGUAAUUCUUCCUUACUUGAUAAUAAUCGGAAACGAUGCCAGCUUUUACUACGUCUACGAGAGUACACACUUGGAAAAUUAUGAGUUAAACAAGAAGUCUGCGAAUAACAUGGAUUGGGAUCACUUAUCGCUUGUUAUGAGAAACAUUUCAGAAAUAAACGCUUCAACAUAUCGUACUGUAAGUUCAAGCAAAGAGAUGGAUGAUCAGUUUCUGAAUGUGAAUACGGAGGACUUCAACACCACUGAUUUGGGAAAAUAUGAACAGAAUAUCAAGGAAAUAAUGCAGAAAACGUCGGAGAAAAUGUUAAGUUCCAACAACGUGGUAACUGCAGUCCCAGGCCUUCGUGUAAGUCAUUUAAUUUUUUCUUACAAAGACGACAAACCCAUAUCGUGCAAAAUCAUUAAUUACUGCAGUUAUAAGUAUAAGCCUAUGGAACUUACUCUGCUGCAUUACAUAUUUCAAAUAACUGAUCAAAGUGUCCGUCAACAUUUUUAUCAUGAUUUGGUUAAAUAUUACUUUGACACAUUUGUAGACGAUUUAAAGUCCAGAAAUAUAGCACAUAACUUUAAUUUUGACGAUUUUGAAUGUGUCCUGCAUGAAUAUUUACCUUUUGUGAAAUUAAAUAACCCGAUUUAUUGCAUGCGUUUUGAUAAUAAGUCACAAUUAACAACAAAUCCAAACCAGCAAUCUGUAAACGAAUUGAAGGAAAUUUUCUUUCAAAGUAAAAUAACCAGAGAAGAUUGUUAUGCGAUUCUUAAACAGCAAUUAGGAACAUCAGAAUAUGAAUUUAUUAAUUUCAAAUUGUUACCUUGGGACGGAACUUCAGGAUAUCUAGGAGAAUACUGUAAGUUAAUCAUUUCAAUAAUUCACAACAAGGAAGAAAAAGUAUUUCAGUAUUUCGCAAAAUUUAUGCCCGUCAAAGAUGAGGCCGCAGAAUUUGCAUUGCAAGCCAACGUUUUCAAGAAAGAAAUAUUUUUUUACAAAAAUUUAGGCCAAAAUAUACUGAACAUGGGCAUUGAUAUAUUAAAAGAUUGUUUCCCAAUUUGUUUCCUCCAGAGAUACAACGAUGUGGUGGUAUUUGAUGACUUGUCUAGUCUGGGCUAUAGGAGCUUACCUAAUAAAGAUCCUUACUCCUUUGAAGCUCUGUCCAUGCUUGUGAAAAAAUCUGCAAAAUUCCAUGCCAGUACUAUCUUAUAUGAAGAAAUGGUCUCAAGGGAAACUGGAAAAAAAUAUCGCCUGGAUCAAGAGUACGAAGAAUAUUUUGGUGAGGGUCUAUUCUUGUCAGAAGGAGAUUCAAUGUCCAAGAAAUGGUGGGCCACAGGCGUCAAGGCUGUUAACGAAUAUAUAUUAGACCAAUUUCCUGAUGUGUGUAAGGAAAUCAGUUUAGAAGAAUUCAAGAAAAGAGUCAAAAUUGCAUUUCAAGUGGCUUUCCAUAAAGUGAGGAAAUCUAAGAAAUUCAGGAACGUACUGAAUCAUGGAGAUAUGUGGGGUGCAAACGUUCUCUUCAAGAAAGAUGGGGACAAUCUUGUGGAUUGUAAACUAGUAGAUUUUCAAUUGAUCAGAUAUUGUCCCGCAGCUCAUGAUCUUCUGGUCAACAUUCACAUCAACACCGACAGGAAAACAAGGCGUAAACAUUUUAAGCAGUUGAUUGAUAUUUAUUAUGAAGAACUGUCAAAACACAUACAAAAUUUCGGAUUUAACAUGGACGAAGUUUGUCCAUAUGAAGAAUAUAUUGAAAGUGUGCAUUACAUGAAAUCCCAAGCAGUUACUCAAUCAUCUGUUUAUGCCCAGUUAACAUAUUUGGAUGCUUCAGAAUACGAAAUUUUGAUGGGUGAUCCAGAAAAAAGAAAAAUUGCCCUUUCAAUAGACCGAACUGAUUUUAUACGUGAAAUUAUGAAUAAAUCAGUUGCAUUUAGAACCAAAUUUGGGGAACUUGUUGAAGACUUAUAUGAAAUGUGUUUGGAAGAGAAUUUUGCUACUGUAUUAUAAUUUGUAAAUAAUUUUAUUAUAUUAAUAAACUAUGAAGUAUUAA